AUGCUUGAAAAGAACGCCAACACUCGAAUAAAUGUCAGUUUUUAUGGAAGUUUUCAAUAAUUGGUGUUAUUAAAGGACUUCACGGAUCUAAUUGAAAUUGGCAAAGGCGGUUUUGGUGUAGUAUAUUCCGCUAAGCGGCUAAAUGGGGAACCUGUCGCCCUUAAAAAGGUUCAUUUUUGGGUUUGUGAUAUAAUAAAAAGUUGAAUUUUUAAAGAUUGAUAGGUCGGUGCCUCGCGACAGGGUUUGGAACGAAGUUCGGUCAUUGAAAAGGUUGCGGCACCGUAAAAUUGUUGAGGUUGGUUUGAAAAGGAAGUAGAAAGGUGAAUUGGAGAGAAAAAUUACAGUUUUACGAAGAUUUCGAGGUGAAUGGGGAAACCUAUGUGGUGAUGGAACUGUGCGAGUACGGAUCCGUCAGGAGUUAUGUCAAAAAACACGGCCCCCUACCGGAUGCAGUUGGUUGGUUUUUGACAAGUUUUUCUCAUAAUUCUCCAGAUUUUGUUAACUUUUAAUAAACAGUAGGUGAAUUUAUAAUUUUCAGCCGCUCACGUUUUGCGGCAAAUGAUGUCGGCGGUGACUUAUAUGCAUCGGAGAGAAGUCUUGCAUCGAGAUUUGUCCGCCGGAAAUAUUCUCAUCAAAUCCAUCAAGGACGGCUUUUUGAACGUGGUUAGUUUUUUGAACGGUUUUUGGAUUUUUUGUUGGAAUUGUGCAUUUUCAUUCUUUUUUUCUUUCUAUUUCCUUUUUUCAUUAUCAAAUUUCGGGUUUGAGAAUUGAGGCUUUUCAUAUAGAAUAGAAAUACGGUUUUUAUUUCAAAAAUUUUUUUCUAAAAAAAUAUAAUUUCAUCACUCCAAAGUAGUUUCACCUUUUUUUCUCCUUUGUUCUGAUGAUUUUUUUCUCGUUUCUCAAAAAAAUUUUUCAAUUUCUUUGAUCGUUUCAUGUCAUUUUAAAACUUUCAAAAAAAUAUAUACUUUUUCUUACUUUCAACAUGUGGACUUUUUAAUAUUGGGAAACGCUUUUUUUCAAUCGAGCCUCCAGUUUUUGAUUUUUUUUUUUUUGGUCUGUUUCACUCGGUUCAAGCUGUUUCUUCAUCUAAACCUCAAUAUUCAAAUUUUCAUGUUUUUGUAAAUUUUCAAAAUCAGUUAUUUUUUCUCAAUCUUUUUUUUUCAACGGAAUAUCUUGAAGAAUAUUUCGGCCGCCCGUUUUUUUCAUUUCAACUGUUGCUUUUUUUAUUAUUUCGAUUCAUUUUUUUCUCAGAAAAUUGGAAUAUUUUUGAUUGGGACCAACGUAAAGUUGUCCCACUGAGAUUUCUUUCUCUAAGGCUCAUUUUUUUCAAAUGGUAUGCCUGUUUGGGACGUAAAAAGUUGUUUUUAAGAAUGAUAACCAUAGUAAUUAUUCUCUUGUGUGGUUUUUUUAUUUUUUUGGAUUUUUUUGGCCGACGUUUAGAAGGGAUAUUCAUAAAAAAACGAAAGAGCAUUUCUCAUGCGAUUUUUUUCGAACUGAUUUUCGCUUUCCCAGAAACUGGGAGAUGUUCAGGAGUGAUACCCACUUUAUUUAUUCUCAGAAACUGGGGGAUUUCGGGUUGGCAACGAAUUUGAGACGAGGCGAAACAGCGUGCACCGUCGUCGGCACUCCAGGAUACAUUGCCCCGUGAGAUCAACCUCAAAUUUUCCUCAAAUCGAAUGUUAAAGUCAGGUGUUCAAUCAGGAUUACGAUGAAACGGCCGACGUUUAUUCGUUGGGCGGAGUUUUGUACACGAUGUUGACGGCAGGAGAUCCGCCGAGAAACGGUAAUCAAACAAUAUAGUUAAAAAAAGAAGAAGAAAAAUAAUACAAUGGAACUUAGAAGAUUGAAUUUUCUGGAUUUUUCUUAGAAAAGUUGUUUUGAGUCGUUAGAAACUUUAUGAACGAAAAAAAAAGCAAUUUUUUAGACCUGAUUUUGAAUAAAAUCGGUAUUCACAGAUUCAAAAGGAAACUUGGAAAGUUUUUAUUGCUUAUAAUUGAAAAAAAUAAUCUUCAGCUUCCAAAGUAGAAAAUUCAUUCCGAAUGGCCGAAUGCUCUCAAAUUUGGCCUGAAAAAUCUGCAAAACUCCAGUUUUGAGAAAAGACUAUUGAAGCUGGUGAAAAAGGCAUUUUUGACUUUUUCGAAAAAUAGGAAGUUUUGAGACUUUCAGUAUCUUCAUGUGAUAGAUCAAGGUAUAAGAUGACCAGAUUCCACGAAAGUCCAAAUUUAAAUGAGAUUAUCUUUUUUGUGAAUGAAAAAAAAUGAGCAGACCCAACUUUUUAGUUUAUUUUUCUAGGUCGGCUGAAUUUUGACGGAUUGAGCCACAGCGCCGUCGCUCUGAUCAAGAAGAUGAUGCAUCCGGAUGUUCAUUCCAGGAUUUCCCUGAAUGGUAUGAUUUUGGAACAUAGUGGUUUCUAGAUUCAGAAAGUAUAAGAAAAAGAGAAAAAUAAAGAUUUUUUUUAGUUUUGGUCUCACUCACGGUAGGAAUAUUUUUAUGAACUUUCAAGAUUUGUUCCCUAGAGUUUCAUUUGACGGUUUGAUUUUGAUUUAUAGUAUGAAAUAAUCGAAGAAACAGAUUUUUUUCUGGUUUUUGUUAGUCUCUUUUUUUAGUAUUGAUUGAUUAUUUGAUUUUUUUAUUAAAAUAUAGAUUUUUUUGUUAGAUCUUUUUUUGACUAGAUUUUUCAUAAGAAUACACUAUUGUUGAAGACUGUCAACAAUUUUUUUCCAAGUUUUUCUUAAAUUAGUCGUAAAUACCUCCCUGAGAUUGAAAUUAUCUUUUUCAAAAUUCUUCCUACCAUCAUCUUCCAGAGCUCAGAAAUCACUUUUCCUCCCUUUUUUGGUAGAUUUUUCGUGAGCUAACACCUCCUUCUGGACUAAUUGAGGUGGUAUGAAAAAAAAGACAAGCGAAAUUACAAAUGGCGACUUUUCCGAUUUUUCCAUAUCGCUAGGGAACUUUCCGACGGCCACCUUUCCGACUUUUUUUUCUCAAUAAAUUCUUCGUUUUGAAUCUUCCUAUAUAAAGUAGAUAGUUGAUUCAUGAUCAAAACACAAAGAAAUAGGAAAAAAAGGUCAAUAGAUGUUUUAUGAACCGAAAAAUAUAAGGGAAAAAGUCGGAAAGGGAUUCUUCGGGAAGUUCUCUAGCGAUAUGAAAAAAAAAACGGAAAAGUCGCCGUUCGAAAAUUCGCCUGCUUUUUUUUCAUACCACAAUAAUUGAGUUAUUUACACGCUCUUGUAUGCGCGAAUUCAAAGUGUUUUUGCAGCGAUUUCGACGAUGGACUUUAUGCGGGACCUUGACGAAGGCGGAUAUUCACGUGACGUUUCCACAGAGCGACGUGGUUUCAGUCGCGACCGACGGACCAGCGUCGAAAGGACGCGACGAUCUCGCGACGCCCAACUCGAGCGAAACAACAACUGGGACCAGAACUGGCAGCCGGCCAAGCCGCCGACCAGGUCCGCCAGUCAGCCGCCGGUGCUCUCCAGGAGGAGUUCCAACAAUGCUGAGGUGAGAAAAGGGUUCAGAAAACUGAAUAAAGGACAGGAAGUAGUGGGAAAAAAUUGUUUUUGAAAGCUUGAGAUUCUGCUUGAAAUAAAGUUUAUAUUUCACUUUUGUUAAAUAAAGUUCAAAUGGGCUAGAUGAUUAGAUUUUUUUCAUGUCUUUUCGAGAUUAAUAUAAUCAAUAGAAGCUCAAAAAAUAUCAUUUCAAGAGGCCAAACGGCGUUCCAUCACGACCUAGUCCAUUAGACCCACGAGCAAAACCUGUCGACGAAGAUUUGCCCCCGUGGCCGUUGAAAUUCGCGAGAUGCGCUGGAAAUCGAGUGAAAACGAAAGGAGGAAGGGUGAGAGGCUUUUUAGUGUGAUGCAAAUGCGCUCCAGUGAGAAAAUUUUUGUUUUCCCGCAUUUUUGAAAGUAUUCAUAUAUUUCAAAUUAAUAUUUCUUCUCUGCAGCAAGAAAAAAAGUAGGACUGCAGGAAAAAAAAGGUUAAUAUGCAUUCUGUCCAGGUUUUUCAAAAUCACCAGUGUGUUUCGCUAAUUUAAUUGAAAAUAGAGCCCCAGAAAAAAAUCUACAUACAAUACAAUAUACAAUACAAUUUUUUUAUUGAUAUUUCAAUUUUUUAAUUUUUUUAAAACACUUAAAAGUGUUUUUAAAAGUUUUCUUUUUCUAAAAGAUCUUCUACCUGUUUUUUUGUGUUAUCAACAAUUCAGCAUCUUUGUAAAAUGAGUCCAUUUUUUUCAAAAAAAGAAGCUUAAGCUUUCAGGAUGAGCUCAAAACUUAAUUUACUUCUUAAAAUGUUGAUUCUUCACUUAUAACUAUAUUGAAUCGAUAUUUUGCAGUAUAUUGUGGAGAACGACUUCCGGGUACGAUUUGAAGUCGCUCAGAAAGGAGAUUUAAUUGCGAGGGUGAUCAUAGCAGAGAUAAACUCUCGUGGAGAUCAGCAGAGGGUUUUCCUUCCAAAUUAUCAGAUCGUUCGCUAUUAAUUGAUUCCAGCUUCUCGUUCACAAUACUUUGUCGCGAAAUGAGCCCGCCAGAGAGGAGAACGACCCUUUGAUCGAGCUGGACCGAGCUCCGAAGGUUUUCACGAGGUUUGAACUUGAUUUUAAAGCAGAAUAUAUUUAUUAA